GUCCUGUUGGAUGUGAUACUAAUGUACCGAAGGAGGAAAACAAAGAGCCCCUCUUCAAAGAUAAAUGCAUUUAUGAAACAAAAAUGUAAUAUAUCCCUCGGGAAACCAAAAACAAAUUUGUCUUUGUUUUAUUUUACCUUUCUUUCUGUUCCAAGCCAACAUGUCGCAUCCCCAUUCAUCGUUACAAAUUUACCAGCUUCUGUCCAAUAUUCAUCAAGCCUGUGAUGAGAAUGAACAACAAUUUGAAGCAAUAUUAAUAUCGCUGCAAGGCCCACGAUUUAAACCACUUUCAGUCAUUUACGAACAUUGGGUCAAAACGUUUGAAAAGCUCAUGCCCCAAUUAUUGGACGACUUUCGACAAUUGCUUGCAAGUGCUCAACGAUCACCAGAAUAUGACACAUUGUUGAUGCAUGUAGCUGACCAUUACGCUUUAAUAUACCGUGUCUCUUGUUUUCUCGAAACCGACAUGGAACUCGAGUUAUUUGUACGAUGUCUCUGUCUCGACAGCUCCACACCUGUCAAUAUCCAGGAAGUCAAACAAACUUUACUGCAAUUUUUGGCCGCAUUAUCUCCCGACACUCGGGACUUUGUGCAAGAAAUUCUGGUAGAUGAUCACCAUGGUUACCUGUCAAGAGAAGAUUGCAUGAUGGAGGAAUCACUUGAUCACACAGCAUUUCAAGGUUUUUUAGAUCUCGAUCGAGUUUAUGCCAUUGUCAACGAUCCAAACUUGUUUGAACACUUGAUGGCUAUCAUUCAAGCAAACGCCACACGUAACGUCUCUUGGUCGCAGACCGUUCAGGAAAUUUAUGCUCUGGUAGCUGAGAGAGGUAUCUGGGAACAAUUGUCCCCACUUUUACAGCAAAUGCAUAUGAAGCAAGAAAACGAGGAAUACGACUCAUAUGAAGACUUUGUGAAAAAGAACUUUUUAGACGACGGCGGACAAGAAUAUUUAGACGGUGAAAUUGAGCGAGCACAAGUAGAGCACAUGUUUAGUAACUUAAAAAUGUAGAAAAAAAAAUAUCAUACCAUCCUUUUAUUAUUUUUAUAAAUUAUAUGAAACACUACUUCCAGCAGAUGGACUUGAAGUGGGAUCAGAAACAGUCAUAACAUAACCACUGCUUUCCUUGGUGAAGAAAGUCAAAAUGGGUUGAUCUGUCUUCACACUCAAUUUCCAUGGACUGGCAUAGCUACCAGCUGUCCAAAAGGCUAAGGCAAUAGUUUGAUCUUUAGGAUUAUAUGCACCACGCACUUUAC